AAACACAGCUCAACUCACACGAGAAGAAGAAAGGAAAGGAAAGCGAAGGGCAGAGGGAGAGAAGAAAGAAAUGCAUGUGAAGGUUAAAAAGAGAGGGCAGAGGGGCAGGUGCUUGGCGUGAAGAAGGAGGAGAAGAAGAAGAUGGCAACUAAACGAGAGUGGGGCUGCGCGCAUUGAAAUUUGGGUCUUUUGGCUUUUGAGUGUGUGAGAUUAAGACGAUUAUCAUUUUUUAAUUAAUAAUUAUUAUUAAUUAAACAAGGACAAGAGAGAGACACACACCUUUGGUUUAACCUAGCAUAAGCAGACUGUUUGUGUUGGUAGUUUCUUUGGGCCCUAUAUCUACAAAUUAUAAGGAAAACUGAUAUUUUCCCUAAUGCAAGGGCAAAGGGGUACUAUUGGUUCCUUCCCUGAAACCUUAAGCUUUGAUCAUGGAUCUGCUUCAAGUUCUUCUGUAGAUCAGCAAAUUUGCUGGAAUAAUAUGGGGAAUCCAACUGACAAUCGAUUGCCAGACUAUAUGCUAUCUCCCACAGCUACAAACAUGACAUAUGUGAAUCCUAUCGAUCAUGAACUGCAAACCUUGAAUGGUUGGAAUUUAGGUGAACCCAGCUCUAGUGCUCCCCAAAAUGAGGUUUAUCAUGAUGAGCGGAAAACAGAACUUGGAUGGCCUCAAUUGGGUUCUUGUGCAGGAAGCGGUCCAAGGUUGGAAGAACAACAGUGUGAACCAACUGAUGGUAUUAUGCGGAAUGGCACUAAUAUUAACCCUAACCCUCUUUUUGCACAAAUUUCCAAUUCUAACAUGAUGCCACAAAACCUAAACUUAAAUACUGGUUUUGUGAGUCAUGAUGGUGAAAAUCAUCGAGUCAUGGGAUCUCCUAAUUUAUUGAAGUCAGGUGCUUCUGAAAAUGAGCGAAUUCCACUUGCAAGUGGUUCUGAAUCUUUUCUUCUUCCUUCAGGAAGUAGUGGUUAUCAAACUGAAGAAACUGAUGCUAGACCUGGUUGUUCAGUUGAGGGUCGUCGUGCCUCCUGCAAAAGGAAGGCUCUUGAAGGACAUGUUGAACAGUCCUCUGUGAGUGGAAGUUGUAGCUAUUUUCAGCGUUCAGAAAGUAAUGCUUGGCCUGCUGUUUCUGCUCACUAUGAUGGAGGCAGCAGUUUGUCUGUUCCAUCAGAACAGUUGAACUCAGGACUUGUGCUAGGUGUGAGGGCACCAACAUCUGAUUGUGUUCCUGAUGCAUCUGUGGCAGGAAGUGCAGAAAGCUCCAGAAGAAAUUUUCGCGUGAGGAUUAAUCCUUCAGGCAACCAAGAAUCUCUCACUCCUCUUCUAUUUUCAACAGGCAGUCCUGUCAGGCAUUCAAGUGUUUCAUCUAUGCACCAGUCGUCAAGAUUUCUUCCAAAUGAUCAAUCUUUGGACUCACGGUCAGCACCAGUGGUGGAUAGUGCAAGUCCUCAAAGCCAGCCCAUUCUUAUGCAUGGUCCAACUUUGCCUCAAAAUUUACAACCCUGUCGGUGGAAUAGAGGUUCUACCUCAAGAACUGGCAGUCCAUCAAAUUCUAAUGUUUCUAGAUAUAGAGAUGCUUUUCCACGUGAUGAAGCUCGGACUAGAAGCAUGGGGAGAAAUAUAUUGGAACAUCCUAUGCUAUUACCUGUGCCUGAUUUGAGAAAUUUGGUUCGAAAUCAAGCAAAUAGAACUUUAGCUGGUGGAAAUUUAAAUAUACCUGGAAAUGUUGCAUCAUCGUCUCAGAUGGGUUCAAGUUCAGGUGUCCAUCCAUCUUCUGGUCCUUCGUGGGUUUCGCAUCCAAAUCCUCUUCCCCUUCAUUAUCCACGAAGAUUUUCUGAAUUGGUUCGCCGGUCUUUGAUUUCUUCCCUUGGUCCAGAGACUGGGGGCCACAGCAGUAAUCAAACUCCAUUGCGUUCUGGUCCUCCCCCUUCCCCAGAUGAUAUGGUGAUUUCAUCUGGAGCUGUUAAUCAGGGUUAUCAUCAGUCAUACCUAAGAGCAGCAUCAUUGCUGGAGAGACAAAAUGCCAGUGUAAUUGGAUUUCCACAGCCACUGCGAAGUUUGACUCCUUCCUUUGAAGGAAGAAGCAGACUUGUUGUAUCUGAGCAGAUUCGCAAUGUGCUGGAUCUCAUGCGUAGGGGAGAAAGCUUGCGAUUUGAGGAUGUUAUGAUCCUUGACCAGUCGGUCUUUUUUGGUGCGGCUGAUAUACAUGAUCGGCAUAGGGAUAUGCGGCUUGAUGUUGAUAACAUGUCCUAUGAGGAAUUAUUGGCUCUGGAGGAGCGAAUUGGUAACGUGAGCACAGGUUUAAGUGAAGAAACCAUAUCGAACCGAUUGAAACAGAAGAAAUAUUCUAUCGCAACGGGACCCCAGCAGGAGACAGAACCAUGUUGUAUUUGUCAGGAGGAAUACAAUGAAAGUGAAGAUAUUGGAACACUAGAAUGUGGGCAUGAUUUUCACACCAUUUGUAUAAAACAAUGGCUCAUGCACAAAAAUUUGUGCCCCAUCUGUAAAACUACAGCCCUGUCUACAUCUUAGGCAGAGAGAACCAUUGUUGGGUUCAGAGUUUGGAUUUAAGAGGUUUGGAGGAAAAUUUGUUUCUUCUUUGUCAUUCAUUGGAUACAGUACUGGUAGGUAAUGCAAUGUGUAACCUGCCUAUAUCCCAUUUUGAAGCUAAGUCUCUGGUUCUCCUUGUUGGGAGCCCAUUAUUAUAAUUAAUUUUUACUUCA